AUGGAGAACAACGAAAAUCCGAAUUUGGAAGAAAUUAUCGAGGAUAUUCGGGCGAAUCGACGCCGCCUCGAAGACAUCCCAGUUGACCAUUUGCAAAUGGUACUUGACCACGCAAUGGAGGAAGAUCAUGAAAACAUGGAACAAUUGGAACUCCAACUUCGUGUAAUCCGUCGUCUUGAGAUGCUCGAUGCGGAGAUGUUAUAUUUCCAUGAUAUGCGGAAUCAGAAUCAGCUGAAUGACGAAGAACGACAAGCAUUCGAAGAUCAUUUUGAGGAAGAACUAAGGGAAGUUGAUUUCAUGAUGCACAUGUUUAUGGAGGACUUGGAGGCGGAGUUAGCCGCUUGGGAUGAAAUGGACAGAGAGAAUCAGGAGCCACCAGAAGAACCAGAAGACGACGGCGACAUCCCAGAAGAACCGAAUUAA